AUGAUCUUAUUCAACCAUGGCGCAAACGCAGACAACAUCAAUGGCCAUCGCGAACGUGCGUCGCAGCUUCCCGUUCGUGAACGAACCAACAUCAACGCGAACUGGCGAUUUCAACGCUUCACCACCAACCCAGACAAUCUCAGCUACGCCAAAUUGAAGCCUUGGAUCCUACCCUCCGCCAACGAUUUCGUCAAAGACGCUUCCCGCCGCGUGCAAAGACCCAAAGACCCGCCAGAAAAUGUAACCUACGCCCAAGCAACCUUCGACGACAGCUCCUGGGAGUCUCUGAACCUCCCUCACGACUGGGCGGUCAAAGGUCCAUUCUACACCGGAAGCAAUGCGCCCGUGGGAGGAGGCAUGGGCCGCCUACCCAGCCAGGGCAUCGGCUGGUACCGAAAGCGACUUUCUCUCACCUCUGCCGACGAGGGCAGAACAGUGUACCUGGACCUCGACGGCGCGAUGUCCUACGCGGCUGUCUGGCUUAAUGGGAACCUUGUUGGCGGUUGGCCUUAUGGCUAUGCUUCGUUUCGAUUGGAUCUGACUCCGUAUUUGAGGCUUGGGGAUAAUCAGUUGGCGAUUCGACUGGACCAACCGCUUGAGUCCUCGAGAUGGUAUCCUGGAGCGGGGAUUUAUAGGGAUGUGUGGUUGACGAAAGUUCAUCCAGUUCACGUUGGUCAAUCAGGCACGUAUGUGACAUCAAAGUCAGUCUCUGCGCAGACUGCUACUUUAGACCUCGCCGUGCAGGUGAAGAGUGCGGCGAAAAGUGGCGAGGCGACAGAGGUUCAGGUUGUGACAGAUAUUUAUAUCCUGGACGCCGGGACGGGGAGUCGAGGAAGCAAGAUUGGUCAGUUCCCGAGCGCCAAUAUCAGUGUGAAGGCGGGGACGGUAGUGACGACCAAUGCAACGGUCAUAUUGCAAAACCCGAAGUUAUGGGGUCCUCCCCCAGCGCAAGAACCGAAUUUGCAUGUAGCAGUCACGAAUAUCUAUGUUGGUGGAGAAGUCGUAGAUACGUACGAGACUGAAUUCGGAAUUCGGUCGGUGUCAUAUGCCGGCGACGGCCUCAGAGUGAACGGGCAGAGGAUUUAUCUACAAGGGGUCUGCCAGCAUCACGACCUGGGAUCACUUGGAUCUGCUUUUAACAUCGUAGCAGCUAGACGUCAACUAUCUAUGCUGCAAGAUAUGGGAUCCAACGCCAUUCGGACCUCGCACAAUCCUCCUGCUCCACAACUGCUCCAGCUCGCAGACCGCAUGGGAAUCUUGGUCCUCGACGAGAUUUUCGAUACCUGGGGAAGCCAUAAAGUGAAGAACGAUUUCCAGACCAUAUUCGCAGACUGGUCCGAGCCCGAUCUCCGAGCUUUCAUCCGUCGGGAUCGCAACCAUCCAUCGGUCUGGGCCUGGAGCUUCGGCAAUGAAAUCGCGGAGCAACGGAGCAGCAACGGCGCCACGGCUGCCCAAAGACUUCGAGACAUCAUUCGAGAAGAAGAUAGCACUCGUCGCACGACAGUGGGAAUGAACAACGCGGGGCCCGAUACAGCAUUUACUUCCAUAGUAGAUCUCAUUGGUCUCAACUAUCAAGGCGAAGGCAUGGGUACCGGAGCGCCCACGUUCCAGAACUUCAGGAGUAAAUUUCCAGACAAAAUGAUCUUUAGUACAGAAAGCUCUUCCGUGGUCAGCUCGAGAGGGACGUACCUGUUCCCCGUCGCGAGUGGUAACAGCGUCACGGUGAAUACGAAUGGGCAAGGCGCCGAUUCCCGUACACGACAAGUGAGUUCUUAUGAGUUGUAUGCAGUGUCGUGGGGAGCUUCGCCCGACAAGGUAUUCGCCGGCCAGGACCAGUAUCCGUACGUCGGCGGUGAGUUCGUCUGGACGGGUUGGGACUAUUUGGGCGAGCCAACACCAUUCGAUUCGUCGCGGAGCAGCUACUUCGGGAUAAUCGAUCUGGCAGGAUUCCCAAAGGAUAGGUUCUACUUGUACCAGGCACGUUGGAAUCCGAAUGUGAAGAUGGCCCAUAUCCUCCCGCAUUGGAACUGGCCGGACAGAGUUGGUCAAGUCACGCCCGUCCACGUCUUCUCGUCUGGCGACGAGGCUGAACUCUUUGUGAAUGGAGUAUCACAAGGUCGCCAAAAGAAAGCAACAUCUACUUACAGAUUCCGGUGGGAUAAAGUUACAUACCAGUCCGGUGAAGUCAAGGUAGUCACCUACAAGAAUGGCAAAGAGUGGGCGACCGCAACGAGGCGCACAACUGGAGCUGCCGCAAAAUUGAAUAUCACGACGUAUGGAAACCGAACAAGCAUCAGGGCCAACGGAGAGGACCUAUCAUUCCUAACCGUUGCUGUCGUGGAUGAGAAGGGCGACGUUGUGCCAGAAGCUAACCCGACAAUUACUUUCUCUGUCAAAGGUGCUGGGGAGAUCGUGUCAACUGAUAAUGGAGAUCCAACAGAUAUGACCGUAUUCCCAUCGAAGGAACGGAAAGCGUUUAGAGGGCUGUCUUUGGCUAUUGUGCGUGCAAAGGCAGGGGGUUCUGGAGCCAUUGUUGUUGGAGCCCAGGCGAGUGGUCUUGAAUCCACCGAGUUUACACUUCAGAUCGAGUAG